CGUUCUUGGAAACUCCUCUUCAUUAGCCCUCCAUUUUUAUAUCCGAAAUCAAUACACUCCGUCCAUUCGGAGGGAGAGACCCAGAGCCACCGGUUUAUGACUAGUAUGAGAACCUCGUCGUUGUCUUCACCUUCCAGCUCCGACUAUGUAAAUUCCGAUGGCGAUUCGCCUUCGGAAACAACCACUUCGUCGCCAUUGCCGUCGUCCUCCGGCUCUUCUAGUGUUGUGACUCAAACUCUCCGGCUCGUCCAGUCGGACGACCCGGAUGACAAAGUCCGGGCGGCCCGGGAGAUCCGGAGACUCACCAAGACUUCCCAGCGGUACCGCCGUCUCUUCUGUAACGCCGUGGGUCCCCUCGUUGAUAUGCUCCGUUCCAGUGCCGUUGAAUCUAACCAGGCGGCUCUCCUUGCCCUCCUCAAUCUCGCUGUUAAAGACGACGCAAACAAGGCAAGCAUCAUUAGUGCUGGAGCCCUGGAACCUAUCAUAGCUUUUCUUCAGUCCGAGAAUGCGAUUGUGCAAGAGGAUGCAACUGCAGCGUUGCUCACGCUAUCUGCUUCGUCUGUUACGAAGCCCAUCGUUAGUGCUUCUGCUGUCAUCAUCCCGCUUCUUGUGAAAGUUCUGAGACACGGGAGCCCUCAGGCCAAGGUCGAUGCUGCAAUGACUCUUUACAAUCUCUCCACUUAUCGAACCAACUUAAUCCCGAUUCUUCAGACUAAACCCCUUCCUGAUAUACUUAAUUUGCUUAAGUCCUGUAAAAAGACCUCGAAAACGACUGAGAAAUGUGCUGCUCUAAUAGAAUCUUUAGUUGGGUACGAGGAGGGCAGGGCUGCCUUGACAGCUGAAGAAGACGGGGUGCUUUCAGUAGUAGAAGUGCUCGAAUGUGGAUCUCUUAAAAGCCGAGAGCACGCUGUUGGAGCGCUGUUGGCAAUGUGCCAGGGCGAUCGGUUUAAGUAUAGGGAGCCAAUUCUCAGAGAAGGCGCUAUCCCGGGGGUUAUGCAGCUGACUAUUCAAGGAACUCCCAAGGGUAAAGCCAAGGCAAACACACUCUUGAGGCUGCUGAGAGACUCUGCUUGCCCGAGGCCUGAGCUUCAGGCCGACACGUUACAGAACAUUGUCAGCAACCUUAUUUUGGAGAUGGAUGCCGAGGAACAGCCUGGAAAGGCGAAGGAGAAGAAGCUUGCUGAGAUGGUGCAAGUUAGUAUGGAGGAGGAAAGUCUCAACUUCUUGAGUUCUUUCCCUUUUCCCCCUCCUAAUGUGAGAUCAACUUAUGGGCAUAGGAAAAUAAGAUAGUUAUUGUGAAGAAUGCCGGUCCAGGACCCUUGUAUUGGUACCAGGUGACUGGUUGAGUGUCAAUAAUCUUUCCAAAAAAAAAAAAAUCUUACUCCGUAACAUUUACAAGUAUAGUUUUUGAGCUUGACUGUUCACUGUUGUAAGUUGUAACAUUAUUCUUUGUACUGAAGGUUAUAUGGAAUUUUGAAGUUUACUUGCUCCUA